AUGGCGGAGGACGCACAGGAGACGACCUUCGUGGACUGUGGAGGCCUCAAGUUCCUGCUGGGCCUGCUCAAGCACCAUGCCUGCCAGGGCCUCAUGCUGCGCUUUGAAUCCCGCAACACGCUGAGGUUUGCAGCAACAGCUCUAAAAAACCUGAGCACGGUGCCGGAGCUGAAGUCGUGCUUCCACCAGGAGCGAGCGGCGGACGUGCUGGCCUGCUACCUGGACGUGCCCGACGCACCCUGCAAGCUCUCCGCUCUGAACACCCUGGCCAGGAUCGCCACUGAGCAGGACCUGGACAUCAUCUGUAACGCACAGGGAGCCAUCUCCCUGUUGACGGACAUGGUGAACCGGCCCUCAUACAAGAAGUACACGGCGCUGGAGAACAUCCUGUACAAGUCCAAGUCGCUGGUGAAGACUCUCACCAUAAUCUCCAUCACGACCGGCAUCCGCAGGAAGACGGAGGGGGCGAGCUCAAGUCUGGACAAGAAGGUGCUGGAGGAGCUCAUCCCGAAGCUCAGGGAGAAGCUGAAGGUGGAGGUGGAGAAACGAGACUACACGCUCGAGUGGGGAGACAUCGCCGUCCACCCCACGCGUCGCUCCGUGCAGAAGUGGCCCAAGGCCAGGGACGGCCGAAUCUACGUCCCCUACAAAGUGUCCGUCGCCUUCUACAACGGCGACGUCAAGAAGAUCGAGGAGGCGGCGUUGGAGUUUGAGAAGAAAACGUGCGUCCGGUUCAUCCCUCGCUCCAGCCAGACCGACUACAUCUACAUCCACGCGUGGGACGGGAAUUGGUCGUUCCUGGGCCGUCAGGGCGGGGACCAGGCGCUGUCCCUGGAGCCCGGCAAGGUGACCAAGGGCGUUGUUCUGCACGAGUUGAUGCACGCGCUCGGCUUCCACCACGAGCACUGCCGCAGCGACCGCGACGACCACGUCUGGGUGCUGAGCCACAAUGUCAAGCCCGAGUACGCAAAGAGGAUCCGGUCAGCAAACAUUGACGACCCCGCCUCAAGCCUGCAUGCGGUGUGGGAGAGGCUCGAGGAGUGCUAUGGUAGCCCAGAAACCAUUGAGAAGGCUCUCUUCAAGAAGUUGCAGAACUUUGCAAAAAUCUCUGUCCUGACUGACGGGAAGAAGACUAAGGUGAAGCCGCUGCUCGUCGCUCUGCUGGUGGUCGUGGCGGUGGUCGCUGUGACCGUGGCCUCUCCGUUCCUCGACUCGGAGCUAUUGUCCGAGUGGGAAUUCUGGAAGGAGUUCCACGGCAAGGCCCCACAACCGGAACAUACCAUCUCAAGGCUCGAGCUGUGUGGAGCCAUUCUUGCUACAGAGGUGGCGGAAUUGAUCUUAGACGAAUUUGACGUCAAACUGGACGCGGUCAAGUUCUACACGGACAAUUGGGUGGAUGCCAUUGUGAAGACAACCCCCCAUGAGCACAACCUAAGGACCCCGUACGACUACAGCUCCGUCACCCACUACGGCAUGUACGUCUCUCGACAUCCCGACAGCAAAGUGAUGAAGUACAGCGGUGGACAAGGGCAGGCUGGAGUGCUUCUGGAAGGCUGA